UCAAAAAGGAAAAGACAAAUACUUUCUCAAAAAAAUACUGAAAUAUUGGAAGAAUUUUACCAAAGCAUCAUUCGCUUUCCAUACCCAAACCAAACUUCUCGAAGUGCAUUGGCUGAAAAAUGUGGAUUGACUUUCAAUCAGAUAAGUAAAUGGUUCAGCAAUCGAAGAAAUAAAGAUAAG